AUGGGCCCCUGUACCGCCUCCUCAUGCUGCUGCCAGGACCGUAAUCUGCCAUGGGCCCCCGUACCGCCUCCUCAUGCUGCUGCCAGGCCCGUAAUCUGCCAUGGGCCCCUGUACCGCCUCCUAAUGCUGCUGCCAGGUCCAGAGUGUGUCAUGGGUCCCUGUACGGCCUCCCAUUGCUGCUGUCUCCAUCGCCACACUCUGCCAUGUGCCACUUUCAGGUCUCCUCACACUGCUGGUGGGUUCCAUUUUGUCAUAGGGUGCUGUAUGGCCUCCCAUUGCUGCUGCCUCCACCGCCACACUGUGGCUCCACACUCUGGUUUUGGCCCCGUGACUGCCCAAAUGAGUGAAGUGUGCGGUGAUUCUAAGAUCGACGGCACUCAUCUGCAUGUCAUACUGACUGACAGUAUUAUUUCUCUUCCCCAGCAGACUCCAAGGGCAUUUAAAUUAAAGGUACAGUGUUCUGCACUAAUAUGA